AUGCCCGAAAGGUAUGGAGAUUACCAGUCCGUCAUCUAUGGCCGUGGGGCUAUAGAAAGCGUUCAGCCGAAUGUCACGACAGACCCUCGGCUUCUCGAGGAACAGGCCCGCAAGGCUCUGGGUGCCCGAUCCUUUAAUUAUGUCGCUGGAGGGGCCGGUGAAAAGGCUACCAUGGACAGCAAUCGGCUGGCGUUUCGCCAAUGGAAACUUAUUCCCAGAAUGUUGAGACCGGUGGAUAACCAGGACCUGUCAGUAGAGCUCUUUGGCCACAAGUAUCCGAACCCAGUCUUGAUGGCACCUGUCGGUGUCCAGAGUUUAUUCCAUGAGGAUAAAGAGACGGGUCUAGCCGAAUCAUGUGCAGACGUCGGAGUGCCGUAUACUCUCAGCACGGCCAGUACUAGCUCCAUUGAAGAGGUGGCCGAGGCCAAUGGGGACGGAAACCGAUGGUUUCAACUCUACUGGCCGCAAGAUGAUGACGUCACGCUCUCACUUCUGAAGCGCGCCAAAGACAAUGGCUUUUCUGUUCUCGUAGUCACUUUGGAUACUUGGUCCCUUGCCUGGCGACCGGCCGAUCUGGACAAUGCUUUUGUCCCAUUCAUCAAAGGUGUUGGCAACCAAAUCGGCUUCUCUGACCCGGUGUUUCGUGCAAAGUUCGAGAAGGAAUCCGGCUCUAAACUAGAAGAAGAUAUUGUCGGAGCAUCUCGGGCGUGGACCUCUGACGUGUUCCCUGGCCGGCCUCAUACGUGGGAGCACAUCUCUUUCCUACGGAAGAAUUGGGAUGGGCCAAUCGUUCUGAAAGGUAUUCAGCAUGUAGAGGAUGCAAAGCUUGCUCUCACAGCUGGAUGUGACGGUAUCGUUGUUUCUAACCAUGGAGGCCGACAGGUGGAUGGUGCCAUUGGUUCAUUGGAUAUGCUUCCUGAGAUAGUGGAAGCCGUUGGUGACAAGAUGACGGUCCUAUUCGAUUCCGGGAUCAGGCUGGUGCAGACGUCGUGAAAGCUCUAUGUUUAGGAGCCAAGGCAGUGUUUGUAGGCAGACCUGUAAUAUACGGACUUGCAAUCAAUGGAAAAGAGGGAGCCAAAUCUGUGAUGAGAGGACUGCUGGCAGAUCUGUGGCAGACCAUGAGUCUGUCCGGUAUCUGCACCGUCGCCGAAUGUACUCGAGAUAGAGUCAGGAAAGUCCAGCACCCAGGAGAUGUGAAGGCUAUGAUGUGAUCAGACACCACAAUUAUUAUUGGGCUGUAUAGUGACUUGUCAUAAGAUCAUGUUCUUCCUCGGCCACGAGAUUGGCG